AAACACGUGAACUCUUGUCAACAACCGAACGAAGCUGAGCGAAGGGCGGUCGUUUCGCAGGAAACUCGACACAAUUUCCGAAAUGGAAGGCAAGAAUUACUUUUGUAAUUGUUUUCUGACGAACAACAUUUUCAUACAGGAGUACAAUCUCCAUGUAACGUAUCACAACGACGGACGGUUUGAGAAAGACUGGAAAAAGAUUUUAACAAGAAAAGGAUGCAGCGAGGAACACUGGGAAGAGAUUCUUCAACAGGUGAGAGCAGAGGUUGGGAGAAGAAAACGAUUAGGAGAUGACAGUUUAGAACGACGAGAGCUCAUUGCAGCCAGCUAUACGCCCGUGCACCCACACAUUUAUACCUUACAGAGAAGUUAUUUUUCAUCCGAGUUCCUCAGCCUCGUGGAAUAUUCCAAAAAAGACGCAUCCGAUGUGGCAGGAUUGAUGACAAAGUUACAUCAAGAAAAUGCUGAGAAAGUGUUUUCGUUUCCUAUCUUCACUCACCAAUUCUGCCGAGAUUUCAUCCAAGAGAUUUGCCAUUUUGAGAGCACGGACCUACCCAAGGGACGACCCAACACCAUGAACAACUAUGGGGUUUUACUGAAUGAACUAGGCUUUAACGACCGGUUUGUGACCCCUUUGGUCCGCGACUACGUGACCCCAAUCACACGACUCCUGUUUCCGGACUGUGGGGGCGCUUUGCUUGACACGCACAAGGCCUUCGUCGUCAAGUACAAAGUGGACGAGGAUCUGUCGCUGGCGUAUCACUAUGACAACGCAGAGGUGACCCUCAAUGUGUCACUGGGGAAGGAGUUCACGGAGGGGUCAUUGUACUUUGGUGACAUGAGAUGGGUACCUUUGCACGAGACAACGUGCACAGAGUACACUCACAAGCCAACCUUCGCCCUCCUGCACAGAGGUCAACACAUGCACGGUGCCCUUCCUAUCGGGACCGGUGAACGCUACAAUCUGAUUGUGUGGAUGAGGUCGUCAAGGGUCAGGAAUAAGCGCUGUCCGAUGUGCGACCAGAGACCACAGUUGGUGGAGACAGUCGGUUUUGGGGAUGGGUUCACGAAGGAAGAAGAGGAAAUGGUCAAUGUAUGCAAUACUUUGUGAUCUUCUUCGUCUUCCUUACCAGUACAGACUUCAUGGCUGAAGAUAAAUGCACUGCCAGAACACCGGGGCGAACCACUUCUCUUUUAGUGAUAUAUGUUACUGGGUUGUUUUAUGUGCUUUAUACAACGCACGGGACCUACGGCUUCAUGUCCCAUCCAAAGGACGAAGCAAUAAUGGUUAAGUGUGUCUUGCUUAAGGACACAAGUUAACUUUCAGGAUAAAUGCAAGUGAUCAUAUACAUGUACCUUCAAGAGAACAAGUACAACUGUUAAUGAUCUUGCACUGACGCUUCAAAGCUUUUGUUUAUUUGUUGAUUUUAUUGAAGUUUUUAACCUUUUCGGGCCAGGCAUUAUGGAGUCAUUUGAGGCAUGAGUCCUGGACAGAAUUAGAAUCAAUUAAAUAAAAAAAGGAAAAAAAGUAAAGAGAAAUUAAAUUGCUCUUGGUGAUUUGUACUGUGACAAUGGAUCAACAGCCACCAUGAACAUUGGACGAAGUGGAAAGUUGGAGACUGUUUUCUGAAAUACAAAUUAAACAUAAAUAUGGACAGCUUUGAACAUUGCUUUCUUGAUGAAAUGAUUAAGUUUUAUUUGAAUCAACAGAUAGCGUCACUUAUUUAUCAGUAAAUAAAACAAACUGCUUUUAAUUUUGUGGGAUUUUGUACAAAAUAACAGCAGAAAAACAAAUACCCAAAAGAUCUUAUACAAACAUAUGUUUAUUGUGUGAAAUCUAAAUUAUAUUUUAAAUAAAACAAUAUGAAAUACUUAA